GACAGAUUGAUAGGUAUCGCCUUUUUUCUUCUUUCGUUCUUCGAUACAACUGCCCGCUCGCGCCACAUUUCACACGACACCAACAACCACCAUCACUAUUCCGAACACCCCAGCAUAAUGGCUUCGUCCGCUGCCUCCACCGUGACGCAGCCGUCCAAGCGCAAAUCUGCCCCCGCGGCCGAUGGCGUUGCCGCCGGUAAGCUGACGACCGAUGCGCCGACCGAGCCUCCAAAGGAAAAGGACUUCUUCUGGACCUACACCGAGGAACCGCACCGAACCCGCCGACUUGCCAUCAUCAAGGCUCAUCCGGAGGUCACUAAGCUCUGCGGGCCGGAGCCUCUGACAAAGUAUGUCGUCGUCGGCGUCGUCGCGAUGCAAAUCUUCUGGGCCUGGUAUCUCCGCGACACCCCUUUCUUCUCAUGGAAGUUCUGGCUCGUCGGCUACGUGUUCGGCGCCACCGCCAACCAGAACCUCUUCCUCGCCAUCCACGAAAUCUCCCACAACCUCGCCUUCCGCUCCCCGCUCGCCAAUCGAUUGUUCGCCAUCUUUACCAACCUGCCCAUUGGCGUGCCCUACAGCGCUUCUUUCCGUCCCUACCACCUGACGCACCACAAGUCCCUCGGUGUCGACGGCCUCGACACUGACCUCCCGACCGCCCUCGAAGUCGUCUUCUUCGACUCCAUCCUCGGCAAGGCCUUCUUCUGCACCUUCCAAAUCUUCUUCUACGCCGUCCGCCCAACCCUCGUCUACAGCGUCCCCUUCACCUGGGUCCACUACCUCAACAUCGCUGUCCAGCUCGCCUUCGACUACGCCCUCUACGCAGCCUUCGGCUUCAACACCAUCCUCUACUUCCUCCUCUCCUCCUUCCUCGCCGGUUCCCUCCACCCGCUCGCCGGCCACUUCAUCGCCGAGCACUACGUCUACGAGACCGUCACCCCCGCCCAGCGCGACGCCUCCAACAACAUCCCCGUCCCUGAGACCUUUUCCUACUACGGUCCCCUCAACUUCCUCACGUACAACGUCGGCCUGCACAACGAGCAUCACGACUUCCCCGCCGUCCCCUGGACCCGCCUGCCAAAGCUCCGCGCCAUCGCCAGCGAGUUCUACGACGAGCUGCCCCGCCACGAGAGCUGGACCUACGUCAUCUGGCGCUUCAUCCUCGACCCCAAUGUCGGCAUCACCUCCCGCGUCAAGAGGAAGCAGGGCGGUCGCAAGGUUGGCGGCGGCGCCGUGGCCAACUGGACGCGUGAGGAGAUUGAGGCAUGA